UUCAACGGAUUAGCUAUGCUCUUUUUUUCUUUGGAAAGUACCAUUUGAAGAAAAAAUCCCACGCUUAGAUAUAGAGCAUUAUUUGCACGUAUUUAUGUAAUUAUCCUUAGACCUAAACCCUAACCCAAACACACGUUUUUAUUUGUAAAUGGAUCCAAACCUACGGUUGAUUUCUGUGUUCAUAGAUGUUGUCUCCAAGGGUCGCUCAGAAGCUGGGUCUCCAGACUGGCUAAGCGCAGCCAGCAGUGUCCGGCCAGGCUUACAGGCUUUUAAUCUGUGAUUUAAUUACAUCACUCAUCUUCGGAGGGGAGAGGUCCACCUGCCAGUGCAGAUCUCCGCAUACUCACGGUGAGCACGUAGCGCUGCUGCACACGCAGUUCAGAUCGUGGGGACAUCACUCGCGCAGCCUGGGGACCAUGGAGAACGAAGACGGCAUGGCAUCAGCACAGGAACCCGGCCGGAGCAGUGUCCUGGACGAGACCUCCCACUCCCACGCGCUUCUCGCCCCCGAGAUCAGCUUCGCCAUGGAUGACAGCGUGUCUGCGGCCAGUGGAAUGGAUGUAUCGGACCGCCUGUCCACCCUCGAGCAGCGGGUUCAGAUGCAGGAGGACGAGCUCCAGAUGCUGAAGUCAGUGCUGGCAGACCUGCUGCGGAGGCUCAGCCUCUCCGAAGAGAGACAAGCUAAUGUCACCAAGAAGGGAGCAGCCAAAGCCAAGCCCAUGAUGCAAGCCCGGAGCCCUGGAUCCACAGCUACCAGCAGCACCGUCCUACCAAAGAGACCCAGCACUGCCCCAACUCCCUCCUGUCCCAGAAAAACCCCCUCUGCACUAGCAACCAAGAAAGGGAGUUCCUCAGAGCAUACGGCCACUCAGACACACAGGGAGAGCAGCAGUUAUAGCGUUUCCACGGGGACCGGCCCAAGCAAACAGAAGGAACCAGUAUUCACUGUAGGGACACGCCAGGUAACACACUGCAAAGUAACAAUGCAGAUAUAUCUGAGCCACCUGUCAAAAAGGACUGGAUCUUCUGAGGCCCCCCAAAUGCUGACACUGCUUCCUGUUCGCCCUACAAGUGCUCCCCCCAAAUUGAAGAGCCCCCCUGAUAAGGUGAAGAUCAAAGCUCCGGCACUCACUCUGUCCCUCCGAAAAACUUCCAGCCAAACUGGGUUCACUCCUCUGGACACCCCAGGUUACAAAAGCCCCCUUAAAUCUCCCAGCCAGUACUUCCAGAUUUGUUAUUAGCUUAGUUAUUUUCUGAAUUCAUACAGAAGUUGAAAAUGGGGUUGGAUGGCUAAAAAGCUAAAAGCCCUCAAUCUGAGUGCAGUGAUGUACUCUGUGGUCCAGAAGCCAGUCCUGACUGCCUAGAUACUGACCGUGGCCAUGGUAUCAGCCAGGGAGAGAGGGCUUUUGUCAACAGGCCUAUCCCAACCUCAUUGUGCGAGACCAAUUUCUCUAGUUAGUUAGCUACAUGCAGGCUGCCUGUGUAAACUGCAUAUUUAAUGCAGUUCUUUGACCAAAUGACAAUACAGCUGAUUGGGUGGGCUGCAGGGUGAAAAAAAGCUUUCAUGCUUUGGAGGAUAUGCAUGCUAAACUACACUCUCCUGAGUGGAUGUGAUGGAACAGGGCUACAAAUACAAAUGUGAAUAGUAAAUUAUUGUGACGCAAUAUAAAAAUAGGCAGAUGUUAAAAAGUAGAAAAAUGAAUUAUUGCUUUAAAUCUAGAUCUUUUUUUACAUGUUGUUGAAUAGACAAGGCCAUCAAUGUGGUUAUUUUCUAUUUUUCCUUCCGGCUGGUUUUUCUCAUGUAUUUUUGUUCUAUUUCUCUGUCUGAUUUACUUUCCCUUUAUGCAUGAUUUUCCUGUGACUGUCAUGCUAUUUAUUGUUCCAUCUUUUCUGAUCUGUUUCUAUUCUAAUCCUGUCGGAGAAAGUCAUCAAAAAGGCUUAUUUCUGUUAACUUUAUUCUGUCAGUAGUUGAUUGUUUCUAAACUGUGUUUCAGAAUAAACGCCCUUAAAAUAAAUAAAAGCCAUUAAAAUCCCAGCCCCCGCCUGCAUUAUAUACACCUGCCAGUCCUGCACUUUUCCUUAACCUCCAUAUCAGCAUUUAAUACAUUUACUUUUAUAGCUCUAAUUCAAAAUUGCCACUUGGAUUUAUCCAUAGCAUCCACAGACCAUGUUUGAGAGUAAUUUAUCUAAAUGGGUAUCAGUGUCUCUAAUUUGAGUAUUACUUGUCAAUGCUGAAAAUCAUUAGGCUUGUAGUGACCAUGUUUUUUUUUUUCUUUGCCAAAUCAGGUUUUAAUUCACAGAUCAUGCAUGCUAUCUUAUAUGUAAAUUGGGCAAACAGUGUGAGACAUUUUUCGAGGACAGCAUUAUUUAAGUAGCAUAUGCCAUUUCAAAUGGUGUAAAAUGAUGCAAACCUGGAUUAUCAGAAAUGUGCAAAGUUUUGGGCUUCUAGACCUUAAUGCCAAUUUUCAUGUUUUUUAUUUUCAUUUGUUAAAUGGAAAAUAUUUUGCCUGAAGGUGGAGAUUGCAACUGGCUGGACUCAACAAUAAUUUUUUUAUAAAUAUCAUCUCUAUUGUAGAAGCAGAAGUAAAUGUCCAUGUUUUUAGAGGUAUUCAAUAGCUUAGCUGGAUUACAUAUUCAUGUUUGCGCUCAUUAUAAAGAGGAUAAAACCAUGAAUCUUUUGAUAAUAAUAUCACAGAGCUCAGUCCUGCUUCCAACAACAUAACUUUAAUAUGCACAUUUACUAGCUUUCAGGUAGGACUGUCCUUGUCUGACCCUUCUCUCACACGUCCACAUCUCACCCAAUCAACACAAUCAUGCUCCCCUAUUUAUUAAGAAUGCAUGCGCCAGGAGAAGAGGGUGUGUUACCCCCUUGUAACUACUUAAGAUGCAGGCCUUUCUUUACUGAAAACAAGACCAUUUUUGGGUGCUUGACAUCAGGCAGUUAAUAUCUGUUGUGGGGACAUUCAGGGGUUUUAUCUGCGCUGCUGUCACCUGGAUAAUCAGAACCUUGCAUCUGGGCCUCUUGUUUCUUGGUGUUUCGUGUGCACAGGAUCUGACAUUUUUGUCUUACAGCUCAUCUGGAAUUUUUACAUUUUCACCCCUGGCUUUUUAAAAAUAUUCUUCUGUUUGUUGGUUUUGAACUUUGGACAUGGAACAAUUUGGGAAAAACAAGCUAUGGUUUGACAUUUCUUUUGUGACUGUAACUUAUCAAUGUCUGUAACAUUAAUUGUUUUUUUUUAAGGUAGUCAACCUUCGUCUUUAGAUUAGACAUUGUAUUCUUGUUGUAACAUAAUACAUCUCUUAAUUUUAA